AUGAUCGAUCUCUGCCACAUUCUCGAUCCAAUCUCCUGCAAGACAGGAGUUUUUACCAAUUGGGCCGAGACAUACUCAUGCAGACCGCUCUCUAUCUUUGAGCCUCAGACAGCAUUCCAGUGCGAAUGCAUAGUUGAGCUGGGAAAGCGAGAGGGGCGACAGUUGCGAGUUGCGGGUUCGGGACACAGUCCGAGUGACCUUACGUGUACCGAGGGGUUCAUGAUCAAGACCGAUCGACUAGACCAGGUUUUGGAAAUCAAUGAGAGCGAGAAGUGGGUCAACGUACAAGCUGGAGCCAAACUACACCAAAUCCAUGCUGUUCUCGGGGAGCAUGGCCUUGCCAUGAGCAAUGUCGGCUCGAUCUCGGAACAGGCAAUUGCUGGCAUAAUCUGUACUGCUAGCCAUGGCACGGGCUGGAAUUUCAAACCGAUGUCAUCGAGCGUUCUUGAGCUGGAAGUGCUACUAGCCGACGGGUCUCGCGUGGUGUGCUCCAAUGAAAACAACAUUGGUCUCUUCAAAGCGACCUUGUGUGGACUUGGUGCCACCGGAAUGAUCCUCCGUGUCAAGAUACAGGUCGAGGAUGCGUUUCGACUCGCAGAGAAGAAAGAAGCGGUUCCAUUCGGUUCGGUUAUAGGUGAUCUCGAGAAUAUUGCCAAGUCUGGCGAACACGUACGACUUUGGUGGUACGCUCAGGCCGAUGAGAUCCACGUUAUGAGAGCAGAUCGCACCAAAGACGCACCAAACCCUCCCCCACACAGCUUCUUUUGGGAUCGUCUUCUGGGAUUCGAUGCUCUUCAAUUAAUGUUGUUUCUGGGUCUCUAUGUACCUUCGAUAUUGCCCUCUGUCGCCCAAUUCGCGUGUUGGCUGCGCCGCCCACAUGGCACUACAGUUGAUGACAGCUGGAAGAUUUUCAAUCUCGACGUUUUCAUCAAGCAGUACACAGCUGAAUGGGCGAUUCCCCAAGAGAACGCCAAGGAUUGUAUCAUGGCCCUGCGAGAGUGGCUCAGAGAGGAACACGACAAUCCACGUGGUCUCCGGCCGCAUUUUCCCCUCGAGAUUCGCUGGACUGAUGCUGAUGACGUCUGGCUGAGUCCUUCAUACGGAAGGAAGACCUGUUGGAUUGGAAUGAUACAAUUCAAGCCUUACGGCUUCGACGUUCCUUGGAAAGAGCUAUUCGACAAAUUUGAUAAGAUCAUGUACUCCCAUGGUGGACGACCCCACUGGGCCAAAACGCAUUCUUUUGGCCCUCCCCAGUUGCGAGAGUCGUAUCCUCAUUUUGACGAGUUUGUCAACCUUCUCAAGGAGAUAGAUCCAAACGGGAUGUUUCGUACCGAAUAUGUCAACAGACACAUGUAUGGCCUUCCAGCCGCAGGAAAAACGGCGGUCGAGCUGUACGAGAGCCUUGCGUAG